CCGCUGGAUGGAAGGGCUGCGUCAUAUAUUCUGGCAGCGGGCCCGGGUCCAGUGUUUUCAUAGCGCGCCUUUCUGGGGCAACCUACCAGCUUUCUUGACCGGGCAGUAAACCUCAUGUGAUUGGCCUGACUCACUGGCUACGUAAGCGCUCAGCUGUCGAGAAGGCAGGAAGGGAAAGUAGUGUUUACAUCGAGGCCGGCCAUAACAGACCGGAGAACCGAGCUAGAGAGAGAGAGAGAGAAACGAUCGUUGCCAUUGACAUCGUACCGUGCCAUCCGUAUCCAUUGUACCUUGGGGAUUUGGCGGGAAUCAAGCACAGCUAUACUCAGAACAUUCCUCAGCGGUGAGAAGUGAACCGUCCCUGUAACACCAGACCACAUCGGUGAUUGACAGUUGGAGCAGAAGGGGAGGAGCUACAAAGUCUCAGGGUCGAAAAAAAGUCGUUUCCUGUGACCACCGCGGGCCAGCAAUGGCAACAGGCCCAGCAGCUCCCGCCACCGAGCAAGUCUCGCCGCCCGACUCUCGCGAGACUGUUGGCAACAUCACCACCUUCGUCAGCGGCAUGACCAAAUUCCACAACAACCCGGACCUCAGUGACAUUGUGCUAAGAGUGGGACCAAAUGUAUACUACGCACACAAGUUCGCGCUGGCGCGUUCCAGCGACGUCUUUCACACCAUGUUGGCCGGCCAACUUUGGGCAGACUCCAAGAAGUCCGAAAUCGUCCUCAAGGAGUCCAGCGCGUGCGAAGAAGUCUUCACCGAAUUCCUCAAGUACUUUUACUGCGGCCAGGUGACCUUAGAGAUAGACACUGCCGUCCCGCUUUUACUUCUAGGCGACAAGUACAACGUGGAGUCUAUAAGGACAGAGUGUGAGAAGUUUAUGAGGAGGAAAGUCCAAGGUGGUAACGCGAGGGCCGCUGUCAUGUACAUGCACUACGCUAGGAUGUACGGCUUCGAAGAGUUGGAGGAGAAAUGCUUCGACGCCAUCUCCAGAAAUUUCGCGAGCGCAGUGGCCAUGCCCGAGUGGCUGGAACUAGACGUGCAAUACGUAGGGGAACUCUUACAGUGCACCACGCUUAUAGUAGAGAACGAGUUCGCCGUGUUCAAGGCGAUGCAGGACUGGGUUUUGGCGGAGUACAGGGAGGCCCAGGCCGGGGAGAACUUGAUCAGGCUGCUGCCGCACGUCAGGUUCUCUCAGAUGCUCCCCCAGCAGUUGGUGAACGUGGAACGGUCCGCCAUAGGACAGAAGUUCCCGCUUCUCCUCAGCCCCUUCAUCAACGAAGCCUACCGGUUCCGGUCUCUGGCGGGACAGGUGGGAGGUUUCCAUGACAACAAGUUCCUGCCACGUGACUACACGGCCAAAGAGUGGUGCACAUUCCUGAGGCUCCAGCUGUCCGACAUCCGCCGCUUCCAGCACAACGUCAGGACCAUCAGCCUCGACUCACCCGUGCCCAACGAGGUUCAUUCCGAAGAUUACAUGUGGAACAUCGCAUUCCAACUGAACUACAUCGGCAAGCGUUUCCGGUCCGGCCUGGGCAGUAACGCCACCCUACACAAGUACGAGUGCCUGGCGAUCAAGCUCACGCCACUCAAAAUCUGCCCACGUGACCGCAGCUUCGAGAUCUCGCUCCUCGUGUACGACCGAGACGUGAACGUGGCGCAGAUCAUCAGGCGGUCGGCCACGGUGAAAGCUACCCAGGCCACGCACCGGGAGUCGUACGCCAUCCAGGCCGCCACAGGCUUCCGCUUCGGGAUGCCGUCCUUCGGUCAGCAGGACUCCGUCACUGUGGAACAGUUCUUCGAGGAGAACGAGCUCGGCCCGGACUCGCCAUACGUCAAGGAGAGCGCCAUCAACGUAGCCGUCAUCAUCAAGCCGCAUGUAGAGUAGGUCGUGCAACAGUGCAACGUUAUCGUUCGACAGUCGUACGUCGUACGGUCGUCGUGCGCUCAGAAACGGUCAUACGGUCUCCGUGCGCUCGUGCAUGCAUGUGUACUGCACUGGAAAAUUUAGCUUGACUUAACCUUGAUUCGGGAAAGGUUGUCUUGGAUCCUUGUCACAGCUUUUUAAAACAUUCUAUGACUUAAAAAUUGCACGACGACCUGCGACGAACGCGACUGCGCCAUUAACUGUACAAACUACUUUAAUUUUCUCUAUUUUUUAAAAACUAAUUUCAUUUGUUUGUAAGUAUUUACAUGUAACCACGGACGUGAUUAAAAACUCACUAUGGUAUAUAUACUUGGGCAUACGGCCAUCUUAUCCCUGUACAAUACUUAACAAAAAAAGGACAUUCUGCAAUGCUCUUCAAUGCAAUAUAGUUACUUACUUGGGUUAAGAUGUAUCACUGUCAUAUUUUGCAAUGAAUUCCAAAUUCAAAGGGUUCCUUCCAAGUUUAGAACAAGAUUAAGUGUUGUCAAUAGAUAGAGAGAGAAUACGUCACGUCUUUUGGUAAUGGUCCGUGGAUCAGAGUUAGAUUGGAGAAAAAGUGUGGCUCGUUUCAGUGUUACUUUUCCCGACCUUGUCAAAGAACGUCAUUCCUAAAGCUGGUAUUUUGCCUGGACGUAAGCAUGCUAACGGCGUUGCUGCGUCCUUAAUUAGAUUUGUAUCACUUCAAACUUUUAAAUGGGAAUAUCAUGCAAAUUUUACAAGCAUGACGAACAAGACAACAAAACAUACAAAGCGUAAAAGAUUCGUUUUUAUCGAUGAAAUUCGUUAAGCGCUCUGUCAAAUCGCAGCGAGGUCGCAAACGUGCCGCAGUUUCUGUGAGAUACCCACUUUAGGUAGGUCCCUGAAAGUUGAGUUUGUUGGUAGUCUAUAGACCGCUGUCAGAAUGUAAGCUGGACCAAAGUUACGUUGAGACACAUACAUGAUAGAGACUAGGUUGAGUAUCAAGACGAUGUGUUUAGUCAAUGUUUCAAUUGCUUUUGAUGAAUUUCUGACUCAGGUGAUUUGCUGACAAAAUCACUUGAUCUUGGACACUAUGCGAUAGGCCAUAUGAGAUAGCUGCGACCUCAUUUCACUAAAAUUACCAAAAAUGUUAGAAAAAAAACAUUUGAAUGCCACGCAGAAGACCCACGGAGCAAGAAAUCUUUAAGUUGUACACAAUUCCCGAUGAUUUUGAUAAUUUUUGAAAAUGAAAAAAAAAACUAACAACAAACUAUGGUGUUUGUCCGAGAUCAUCUGAUAAGUUACACACAAUCUACAGAAUGAAGCCAAAGGUGCUACCAAAGUUCCUGCCCAGUGUUCUUUUUGUACAGUUUUGAUCAUUAUCUAUUUAUAUAUCAUAUACAGUAUGUACCUUGUAAGUCAAACAUGUUGAGACAUGGCAUUGUAUCGUCUGUUUGGCAAUGUUAGAUUUACCCUGGAAGCCAGACUCUAGCCGGAUUGGCAGAGGAUCUGUUCGGCAGCUUAGAUAAUGAGUCCGAUAUCUAUUGACGAGAAGUCCUCGGGAGUGUUAAUUUAGGUCGGCGGGAAAAACUGCCUAGGGUCCCGAACAGAUUCUCUGUCAGGCCCCGGCCCGGCUAGAGUCUGGUUCCCAGGGUAUGUUAGAUCUGGACUUAAUGUAAGUCAGUAGCUUGGGAUGGUGUUCUUCUCACAAUUUCGCGACAAAAAAUUAUUGUAGAUAAAAAGAGAUUGAUGACAUAAAGCAAUAAGCUACGCCCAGCUUUAAGCGUCGCGCUUUACAACAUUUUUUUUCUCCAGCUCUGCGGCCUGUGCGUUACCUAAAGCGGGUAUCUCGCCAACUUGUUGCCUGAAAUGGGGAUAUUUUGGGAAAUUUCAAUCACAAUUAGCAAAAUUUCACGAACUAGACGCGAUCAGUCUAAAUCUCUUAUUUGACGUAUCUCAAUCAUUGUACGUUGAUUCUAAUUUAGUAGUUACACUGCGAUUUCCAUUGAAGUUAUAUCUAAUUUGGCCAUUUUGUUUGUAGAGGGCACGUAUUGGAAAAAAAAUUGGCGAACAAUUCGCAAAGUUUCCACAAUAAACCAUCGUCAACAGGCGCGACCCGAAUACCCGCUUUAGGUCAGAAAAGCAUUCCCGUUAUUGGUGAUAACUAUUGUUCUUUCUUUUCCUGCAUGGUUCGCUUCAGAAGUUGUGCUUUAAAGGAUAAAGGACACGACCAAAACCUUGCUUGACAAGGGUGUUUUAUCAUUCCAAUUCUUCGUUCCUAUUUUUUACUUAGCCUUUGCAAUACAUAGCUCUGCUUGCGUUGUAAGUCUUAGCUCUGCUUGAAAGAUUUUUGUGCAUAGAUUUAAGAAAAGCAUGCAACACUGCGCUGUUCACUACACAUAGCUCUACAUCUGACUUGUUCAUUCAAGCCUUUGCUAUCACCAAGCUGACACCAAGCUCUGUAGAAUGCAGAAACAUUUGCUAAUGAGAACGCUGUGCAUGUAUAGGAAUACACAUAAUGGUGACCAACGUUUGCAUUGUAUUUAUUAUGAACAUUGUAUCAAACUAUUGAUUCUUUGUAUUAUGACAUUGUAACAUAGUCGUUUUGUUGUUAUCUAGCCAGUACGUAUAUACCAUAAUGAUGUACUUACAUUGCAAUUUGCUACACUGUAUAGAAUGUAUCCGUAUGUUGGCAGUAUUUGUAGUAGGACGUUACCACUUGUCAGGACUGUUGAUAUUUGUAGCAGAGACAUUAUUGUGGUUGAUCACGUGAUACUGUUUGAUGAUUUGAGAGGCCAACUCAUACGCCGGGGGAGGGGGGGAGUUGCCAAGGUCAUGUAAACAUGUAGUUUAUACAUUAGAAUUUACAAUAGGACGACCUUCCACUUGUCAUUUGGUCCUGCAGGACUCCAUGUAAUGUAGCGACGACAAUAUUCAAUAAACUCGCUCACAGACACCAAUCCGAGUACUCAUGCGCAGCGACAGGAAUUGUGGGUAUUAUGUCAAAGGUGAAGGUCAGUGACCUAUAAACAGCUCUUGUCCAAUUUGCAUAACAAUGUCUAAAUGGGAUUUGUUACCGUAUCAGGGACAUUACCUUUUGACAUAUCAUAUUACUGACUAUUCCAGUCGCUGUACAUGCUUACUUGAAAUGGUGGAUGAGCUUACAGCGAUUUUGAUAGCAAUCUGUCGGAGGGUUGUUUGCUCUGCAAAAUUAUGUUACCUUGCCGUUGUACAUUCAAACUAAACAAUAGCCACUUUAUUAUAUGCUCGUUGUUCUUUGAUCUCGUCGUUUUAGUGUGUAGAACCAUUGUUGACGUGAUAGACACUGUCUGUGACCAUUGUGCUGCUAUUUAGUCUUCUUUCUUAGACUAUGGCAGGAUUAUUUAGAUCUGUGAGACGGAUUCGACAUGUGAGAUGACAUAUGAAAUGUCUUGCAGUGUCAUAGUCCAUGUUUCUUACCUUCUUUUUUCUUACAGUCACUGUCAUUCUGAAAGUAGUGCUCUGUAUUGUUUUCACGCGAGAGAUUGCGAGAUUAACGUUGAAUGUACCUCACGUGAGGUCUCACGAGAACUUAUUGUGACUUCGGAAAUUCACGUACGUGAUCACGGUUUGAUGUGCUGGCGUGCCAUGUUUUUUACAGGAAGUAUUUAUACUUAUGCUGCGUGGUGCACAAUCAUGUGCAAAUGUGUGUGACUGUGAAAAUGGACAAUGUUGUUGUGGUGCCUUCUCCUGAUGUUUAAAUUAUUUGUUACUUCUUUUGUUUAUGAUUGCACAAUAAAAAUUCAAUAUAUGAUAAA